AUGAGCAGCGAAAAGUUUGUUGCCUUUGUGGAUCCAUCCAAGUUGGAAUUUAAAAUCAUUAAUGAUGAUGAUUUAUCGUCGAGUACAAUGUUAGAAUCGAUGGAUUCAUCAUCCGCAAUGUUAUCGUCAUCAUCAUCAUACGGAUCGAUGGAAGAGGGAUUUUCUUCCGAAUCUAUUUUGGAACAAUAUUUGACUUUGUCUAAUCCGUAUGAUAGUGUAUUGAGUUUUAAAAUUGAAUGUAAUAAGCCUGCACACUAUUCUUUGAAAAUACCAGCAGGAAGUAUUGAACCGAAAACGGAAUUUAAAAUUAAAUUAAAGAUGAAACCUGCUUUUUUAAAUGAUAUUCGUAAGCGGGGAAGAAAGAAUCAAGCCAUGGUUGAGGAAGUUGAACAAUAUGAAGAUGCAUUUCAAGUUAAAUUUAUUAGAACAAGUGAUUCGAAAGAAACUUCUAAAAUCAUCAAAUCAAAUAUUAAGGUUAUUUAUAAACCGACUCCAAUUGUAUCAACACCAUCACCAUUACUGGAAUCGACUAAUUCUCUCCUAGACAGUACGAUUGAAAUUGUUAAACCAGUUGAGGAAAAGGUUGAAUCUCCAGCCAAAACAAAAAUUGUAAUUGUAGAAGAUCACUUCCAAACAUCUUUACUGAAAGAUGUUGACUCUAAACAAGUUGAACUACCACCAACUAUUAGUAUUAGUACUCCACCUUAUACACCUCCACCUACUCCAAAUGUGCGAGAUUCGAGAAUGAUUGUUGAAGAAAUGUUUGAGGAUAAAUUUGCCGAGUCCAACAAUGAUUUGAUUACAACUGAGGAAAAUUUAAAUGUUAGAACUGAAUCACCAAUGACAUCUGAUUCAGUAACAUCUGAUGAAUAUCUUCAAUUAAGCAAAAAGAAAAGUUCUAGCACAAUUGAUGACGGUGAAAAGUCAUCUGAUAAGAAGAAGCUCAAAUCAAUCUUGAAGAAGACUCCUCCACCUCCAAAGGAAAAAUCCUUGAAGGAUAUGAUAACAGAUUUAUUCCCACUCUUGGCUGGAUUGAUAAUUCUUGUAAUAUUUGCCAAGUUCAACAGAGUUGAUUAUGAUACAGUUGUGAAUAUGUUUACAUCCUAUCUGCUUGGUGUUUGUGCCAUGUAUGUUCAAAUGAAGUUUAAUGAGGAAUAGUUAUUUAAAAAUCAUAAGGAUAUUGUGAAUAAACAAAUAAUUGUGAAAUGUAU